AUGAAUAUUGAAUUUUAAAUUCUCUUAAAGAAAGAAGUAUACAUAUAUAUUUUCUAUUAACAAACAUUAAUUAUUAUAAACAUAAGGUUAAUCAAUUAAUUAAUAAAUCAUUUAUUAAAUUUGAUUUUUUUGCUUGAAUUUUAAGAUUAUUCAAAAAGAAAAGGUAGUAUCGCAUUUUAAUAUUAGAUUUUCUAUAAUAAAUAGUCACUGAAAGUUCUUCAAUCUGCUUAUUUUAGGUUAUUUUAAUUAGCAAAUUACAUCAUGAAUAGUGCUUAAGAUAGUUAGAGUACAUUUUAGCAGUUCUAAGCGAUGUAUGGUUUACCUCAGAAUUAUCCUAAUAACACCUAAUAGUUUUAGCAAUAGGGUUUAGGAAACAUGGCUUCGAAUGUUAAUAAGCAGCAAUUGCAAGUUAUUCAAAGCAUUUCAGAAGCUCCUGAAAAAGAUGAAUCAAGUGCAUUGAAUUUUGAUGAAGAUUUAAUUUAUUCCUAGAGGCUCAAUUCUUAAAUUUUAGAAUAAUCAUUGAAUUAAAAAUAGUAGAUUCUCUAAAGUUAAGGAUAACCAUUUAACAGCAUAUAUUCUUAAAUAAAUAUGGAUUUAUUAUAAUAGAAUACCAACGGUAGUUAAAAGUAGAAGCUAAAGACAGUCUAACAAAACUAACAAGUUAGGAAUUAGUAUUAUACAGAAUAAGUAGAUCACGUAAAUAAUAAAAAGAGCAAUAAUGCAUCAAAUGUAACAAACUAAUCAGGUUUGAAAUAAACUUUACAAACUAACUCUGAUGAAAUUUAAAGGCUUAUUAAAGAAAGCUCCUAAAGAAUAGUUUAAACUGAAUAGCUUGUCACUGCAAUAGAUGAAAGAUUUUCAGAGGGUUCAUCACUUCCCUAAAGGCAAGCAGAUAUACCUUUUGAGAUCAAAGAUUAUGCUAUUUAGGGAAAUGUUAGUGCUAAAUAAAGUUUAUUGACUAGUGAAAAAAAUGAGUUUUUCUAAAGUUAAGAUCAAGAUUUAAAUAGCAAUCAAACUCAUCAAAAUUAAUAAAUAUCCAUCCCUUAAAAAGAUCCAAGAAAGUAAGAAAUGUUAGACUCACUUUAACAAAAUUUGAAUUUUGUUAUGUAAAAAAAUAUUCAAAAAUAGUAAGUAUCUCCAAGAGCGAAUUAACUAUUAUAGUAGUAGUAGAUAAACUAAAUGCAAUAAAAGUAGAAUCAAUCAUCAAGUAAAGAAGAAUUUAAUCCAGUACAGUUUGAUAAUUACUUUUAACAAAAUAUCUAAAAACAGCUUUAAAAUAUCUAAUAAAUUAAAUCUAACAUGCAAAACCCUUCUUAAAAUUAGCAGUUUUCUUAAUAUUCUAACUAAGAAAUGAUUGCAUCUUUAUAGUAAUUAUAAUUAGAUUAAAACUAAAUUGAAAAAGAUCUAAUUCCACAUCACUAAGCUAUCUCUAAUUAGAAUUAAUAACUGAAUUUAGAAAACAAUGAAACUCACGCUAUAAUUGAAAAGAAAAAUCAAUAAAAAAAUAAUUCUGAUAGAAACUAAUUUUAGGAUAAGCAAUAACAUAAACCAAAAGAUUACAUGAAUAUCCAUAAACAAGUCCUAUAAAACAGAAUAGCAGGUUAAAAUACAAUUUUAAGUUCAAAUUAGAAAAACUAAUUAUAAUAAUAAUAAAUCCAUCAAGGGUAGAGUUAAAAUUAAAUGAAUUAAUAUAUUCCCUUAUACUAGCAAAUUCAAAAUUAAAUUAAUAUUAAUAAUAAAGAAUUGUAGUAGAAUUAAUCCUAGAUUUAAUAAAUAUAAUCCAAUACAAGAGACUAAUAGGAUGUUCAAGUAUAACCAUAAAAAGAUUAAAAUUACGAAUUGAAAUAAUAACUGAUAGAAAAACAAAAAUAAAUAAUUUUAAAAAAAUAUGAAGAAGCAAUUCUGAAAGAAUAGUAAGAGUUGUUAAAGUAGCAGCAGUUAUAAAAUCAACAAAAAAUCAGCCAAAAUAAAAAUGAAGAUAAUGGGUUAUAAAACAGAGAAAAAAGAGCUAGUGCAGAAAUAUAAAAAAUAGAAGCAAAUAAUGAGUUAUCACCUGCAAGAACAAAAACAAUUGAUGAACAUUCCUCAAAUGGAGCUAGUCCUAAACAUAUUUACUUGAAACUAGAGAAGUAUAAAUAAGAAAAUGAAUAAACUUAGGAAAAUACUUAGUCAAAUUAAAAGCUAAAUACAGAAGGUAAUUAAAGAUAGCCUUAAAGAAACUCUUCAUAAAAACAAUUAUCUUCCGAAAAGAAUGUGCAUAAUAAUGCAUAAAAUUUUAAUAAUAAAAAUAUGCAAAAAUAAUAAGCUUUCUCCACUGUCACAGAUAAAAAAGCUAAUGAAUAAUAAACAUACAAGUAGAUGGGCUAUUAACAACAAUAAUAAAAAGAUAUAAAUAGUUAACUUUUAUAGAAAAAGGGCUCAUCUUACUAAAACUAAAGCUCUUUAUCAUUAAUAAGGAGAAUGAUGGAGUAGAAGGACUUUAAAAAAUUAGAAGUGCCGAAAGAUUUUGAUAGCUCUGAAAAGGGCUAUUAAGACUACAGGAUAAGCUAUGAAAAUCAAUAUUCGCCUGAAAUUAGAAAUAAAAAGAAGACUUUUUAAAAUGAAGAUGAAUAAAACAAAACCAAAGAUAACUUAAAAAAAACAGAGACAUCUGCCACAAAUAGCUAAGAAAAUUAAAAAUCUUAAGAAAACCAAAGCCACAUUGCUAAUGGAGGACUCGAAUAGAGCUUCCAAGAUGAUAAAAAGACUGAUGUAUCUAUUUAAAGUAUGUCUGUAACAAACCCAAUGAAAUUAAGUAAUGCUUCUAGAAAUGGAAAAAUGAGAACUAGCUAAGAAAGCUUGAAAAAGAGCUUUGAAGAAAGAAAAAAAUACACUUUCGCAAUAAAUAAUUAAAAAUGCAUCAUCUUUACCAAAGACACUAGUCAACAAUAAUAAUAAAAUGCCAAUCUAAAAAAUUCAUAAAUCUAGAAUUAGAGUUAAGUAAAUUAAAAAAUAGGAAGUGGCAUAGCAAGCCAAGAAGAUUUAUACUUCGUUUAUGGAAGCUCUGAAUAAAGUUUACAUAAUAAUUAAGCUCCAAAUAAUUAAUAUGUUGGUAAUCAAUUAGAUUAAUAGUCUUAACACUUAUAAAACUAUUAUAACUAGCAUGUGUAUGAAGACUAAGUUAGAUAAUCAUAAAUUCUUUAAUAUGAAGAUGAAGAAGCUCUUUAGCACUAGUAGUAUUUAAGGGAGUAGGAUUUAUUACAUCAACAGCAAUUCGGAUAUAAUCCAAAUCAACCAUCUCCAUAAGUAUAUGAAUACACAGAAUAAGGAUUUAUGAAAACAAAUUAAAUUGAUAAAAACUCUAAAAAUUUGAGUUAAAUCCCAAUUAUCCAUGAUUUUGAAGAAGCAAACUCUGAAAUACACAAUAUUGAAUAGUCAUAACUUCAAAGUGGUAUUAUGAACAGCAAUCAUAUGACUUUUGGACCUAACUAAUCUAAUAAUCUAAAGUAAUAAAUUAUUCCUUCAUAGCUAGAAAGCAUACAAACAGAGCCUUAUUAAGUAUAAUCCAGUGUUGUGAGUGUAAAUUAAAUUCUCAAAAUGAAUUAAAUUUAAGGUAAUUAAGCAAUCAAUUUAGAAUCGUAUUAAGUUAGUAAUAUUUAAUCACCAGACAAUCAUCGCAUGCAAUAAGGGGUAUCAUCAGUUUACUCUUCAAUAGUACAUUUGUCACCAUAAUCUUAGAACUAGUAAAAUUAAUUGAGAGGCAGAUUAGGUUCUAAUAAUAUAAAGUUAAACACAAGCACUGAUACUUGCAAUAUGUCUAGAAUAUCAAAUAAAACUGGAAAUAACUUAAUACAAAAUAACAAUAAACAAGGAAAUUACAGGCUAGCAAACUAAAAUAUUAACACAUCUAGCACAUAUAAAAUGCAAACACAAUAAAAUUAAAGCUACAUAAGCGCUGCUUCUAACUCCAAUGUAAAUAACAAUAGAAAAGAUAAUAAUAGAGCUUAUACUUCGAAUGAUGAACACACUCCUUAAAGCUCCUCAUAAGUUAAUAAAAAAGAUUUUAAUUGGUUGGAUUAUUCUUCAUUUGAAAGAAAUAAUAUCUGGCUUAAGUUAAAGAACCAAAACAGAUAAAUGCUAUAGUAGGAAAUGAAUGAAAAAGAGAAAGUCGAAUGCACAUUUAAACCUUCAUUGAUUGCUUCUAAGAAAACCUUUACCUAAUAAUAAUCAAACUAAUCAAGAAUUUAAACCACAAAGCCAGUGAGUUCUUACUCAACUAGUAAAAAAAAUAAUGUGAGAGAUAAUUCUGAUAAUUCAAGACUUCUUAUAAAUAAAGAAGGUUAAAAUUAAAACCCUACAGCAAACACAACAAUAAACAUAACUAAUAACGGGUAUAGCUAAAAUAAUAGCAUAUAUCAAAUAGGAGCUACUUAAGCAAAUCUAGCAACUGUGAGCAAUAAACUUACAAAACCUAAUUUAUUCUAAUAAAAUCUUUCUCCUUAAUCGAAAUUAGGUUAUCAUCAAUAAUAUUUAUCUCAAGUUUAAUCACCAAGCUCUCUCCACUAAGUUAUUAAGAAGGCUUCUAGCUAUAAACAAAUUAAUUAAUUAAAGAAAAAUAUUUCAACUUCUAACAAUGUUUAUAAUGGAAUAGCCUCUUCUGUACCAAAUAGUACAUAAAAUAGAUUAAAUACCUAAUAAAGCUAAAAGAAAUUGCAGCCCUAUUAACAAAAUAGACCUAUUGGAACACAUUAUUGA